UGCUUGCGAGAAUCACAGAGUUCAAACAUCCAUUAUGUAAAUGUAAAAGGUGAAACACCCCUGCACCUUGCAGCCAUAAACACAUCUCAGGAAGGUUCCAGAGUCAUUGAUAUAUUGAUCGAAAAGGGAGCAGAUGUCAACAAACAAAACAAGUGGGGCCAAACCCCUCUUCAUUAUGCUGCUAUAACAGAUAGUUUCCAAAACCUAGAAAAGCUCUUAGGCCUGCCCAACCUUGACGUUAAUAUUGCAGAUUUGAAUGGAUACAAUGCUCUCCAUUGUUUAAUCUCCUUGGGUAAAGAAUCGCGCCUGGAUGAUUUUGAGGAGUUUGACGUCGCUGAAUUUGAAGAAGUAAGGUCCGACUUGAUAAAAGCGAUUCACCUUCUUGUAGACGCAGGUGUAAGGAUCAAUUGCCAGACCAACUUUGGGCACAGUGUUCUUCACUUAGCUUCCACGCGAAAAGACAAUACUCCUUUGCUGAGAUACAUUAUUUGUAGCUUUCCUGAAGUAGAGCUAAGGGCAAAAAACCAAAUGGGUGAGAACUUUUUGCAUGUUUACGCAGCGUCAGAAAUUUUUGAAGAAAUUUCGGACACGUUGGAUAAGAUUGCCGCUAUAAGUUUACCUGUUCUAAAGGAUCUGUUGUCCGACAGGAAUGUUUUUGGCAGGACUCCGUGGAGUAAUAUGAUAGAUGAUGCGAACAUUUCGGAAGAAGCUUUGCAGACAAUUUUGUCAUACGGAGUAUCCGCACAAACAGCCGAUAAUCUCGGGAAUACAGUAUUACACAGGAUCGCAGGUGUGUCGACGGGUUUGAUGUAUUCUAGAAUAAUGGAUUUGCUCAUACAAGGCGGAGCUGAUAUCGAUACUGAAAACGUUUAUAGAGAAUCUCCCGCAUUUGUUCUGUUUCUUGAAAAAGUUUUUGACGUUUUUGCAAAAUACAAGAUGGAUUUUAACCGAAAGGACAGAUGGGGCCGCAGUCCGCUUGUCUCUAUUAUGAAGCAUAGACCGAUUCCAAGUCUUCUUAGAAAACUGAUAGAAGAAGGCGCUGCAGACGUAAAUACGAAAGAUAUGUAUGGCUCGACUCCCCUUCAUUUUGCCGCUUAUCACAACUUUCCGGAGCAAGUGGAAUUGCUGUUGAAAUAUGGCGCUGACAGAGAUGCCGUGGAUGACUUGCAAGACAGACCGCUGGAUACUGUCCGACGCCACUGCAGCUUUCUAUGUCAUAACAUGCUAGAGGAAGAUGACCUGGGUAAAUCGAAGAUCCCAAGGAAUAGGGCAUUCGAAGAGAUUCUUUUGAACAUGCCAAGGAUGCUUCCUUCGUCCAGCAUUACGUCUGCACAAGGUGUACAGACAGUGCUUGGCUUACAGGGUCACAUGGAUGGAUUUUCCCAGCACCUCAUGACAAGGUACUACUUCAGACCGAUGAAGAUUGCCACCGAGGUAGAAGCAGUGGUGUCAGAAGUCAACACUCUUGUCGCGUCAUUGUGCGGUAAAAUAGCCACAUAUGAUUCCAGGUUUGAGAUGUCAGUUUUUCCUUCCGGAAGCUCUGCUGAAGGAACUAAAGUGGGACGUCCAGAUGAAUUCGACUUUGUUCUAUGCCUUGACAAGUUCAACGACAAGACUGCAGUUGUGAUGACGGAAGAAUGUCUAGAAACUGGUUAUGCGUGUCUUCGAUUUACAGAAACUCCAGUUUCUAAGGAAUAUCUGCCGUUUUGCGACGCAGGUGGUUAUUUCCUGGCGCUACCAAUUCUGCAACAUUUUUUCAGGUACCUAAGACGGGCUUUAAACGAAACAGAAUUGUGGACAUCUGGAAAUUUGUACUACAAUUUCGAGGACAAGAUGGAGGUCCUUCACGGUAAGCCGGUGUUUAACUUUUGUGUGUAUUGGAUGGGGUCAGUAUACAAACAACUGAAGAUGAGCAUUGACUUAGUCCCGGCGGUUUACAAGCGCGGAUGGUGGCCACCUAACAUCAAUACAAACGAAAUCGUUCUUAUGAAUGAAAAUGUCAUUGAUGCAGGCUGUUUCCUGAUGCUUCAGACGAAAGUUCAAGACUUUGACAAGAGGAGGCAUCUUUUGAACGACAGCAUAAGUCACACGUGCAACAUUCUCGAGGGCGACGAAAACUUUGUCAAAAGGAGAAUGCUGAGAAUCUCUGCCACACCUGCAGAGAUAGCUCUGAUGAAAACCUUGCCAGAAAAGUUUCGACAUGCUUAUGCCCUUGCAAAAAUAGUGAAAACCAAAGAGGUGUGUCCAGAGAUUGAAAUUGAUAAGCUCCCAACAAAUCGUUAUUAUAUGUUGAAGAAAUUCAAUGAGAGGAAACCAUUCCCGGUGAAACCACCUUCAGUGAUCAAGAGCUACAUGUUAAAAAACUGUACAUUUUACCUUUUUCAAGAAAUGCGCCGUCGUUCGGAGCAGAGCUAUGCACAAUUGAACAUCGCUGAACUUGCCGCAAAGUUGUACGAGCAGCUGUUGGUAUUUGCCGAUGAGCAUUCUUUGAAGCCAUACUUUCUCCCUUUCUCCGACGUAUUUGAGUUUGAAAAGGACGAACCAAAAACUGCUUACACGGAUUUCCUACUAAAGCUCCAACGCGAGUUAAGCUUGAAGUUAGCACUCGGUAUUUUAAACCAUCCCUUUCCUGAAAUGUGCGUGGCAUCUAAAAUUGAAUGA